AUGGACAUUCAAGCAGAUCUAGAAUUUCUUAGUAAGCAAAAAGAAGCAGCUGUAGCAUAUGCAGAGUACAAAGCAGCUAUGGAAGACGAUGAGUCACAGCACGAUGCCAAGUCAUUACAAGGAAUACCUAAACAAGACGAGUUAGAUCGAACUAGGCAGUACGUCGAAAGUCAUAGAAAUGUUACAUUUAACAGUCAGAACUUCCGUGAUAAUCCGGUUCACAGCAAUACUCACUUGGGCGAUCAUACUAGUGCUCCAUUUAUCCCAAGUGCACACCUGGAUCAAAUACCUGUAUCGGAGCCAGUUGAAAAUCACGAUACGAAUGACUUUUCUCUUACACGUCAGAGUAGAAAUGAUACACUGGACCACAUUCAUACGUCUCUUUCUCAACCCGUAGAUGUUGACAACAACCCCAGUUUGAGCGAAUUUUCACGCUUUCUAUUGAAGAAAGAUCUUUUGAUGUCAAGAUUUAACCGUUUCAAUGAUCGUCCAGAAUCGUAUGCACUUUGGAAAUCCGGUUUUAAAGCUAUUACAAAGGAACUUGAAGUGACUGCUAUUGAGGAAAGUGAACUUUUAAUUAAGUGGCUUGGACCCGAUUCAUCAAAGUUUGGACAAAGCAUCCGGACAUCAAACUUAAAUGAUCCGUCGAUAGGAUUACGAAAGAUAUGGCAAAGGCUAGAAGAACGUUUUGGUAGCCCGGAAAUGAUAGAAACGUCACUGAAGACAAAGAUCAAUGAAUUUCCUAAAGUAACAUUUAGAGAAGUGAAACGAUUAUAUGAUUUACAAGAUGUUCUUUCGGAAAUAUUGUCAAUUAAAGAGAAUCCUGUAUAUGAGAAGCUUCUAAGUUACUUCGACUCUUCAGUAGGAAUCAACCCGAUAAUGAAGGGCAUUAAACCAAUUAAGCUUAAAUGUGCUAUUCAUAAGACUAAUCAUUCGUUAAAUGAUUGCAGGUCGUUUUUAUCCAAGUCUAUAGAGGACCGCCGUAAGAUAAUCAAGGAAAACGGUAUAUGCUUCAAGUUCAUCAACUCGAAAGAUCACCUCAGUCGCAAUUGUCAUGAAACUGUUCAAUGUAAGGAGUGUGACAGCUCUACUCAUAGUUCAGGAAUGCAUAUUUACGGACAACAGAAAAUGCAACCUUUGGAACCCCAUGGCGGGGAGCAAUCUGAAGACGCAAGCAAAGUUGUUAAGGCGUAUUGCAUGGACAUAUGUAAUGGUAAAUUUUCUGGAAAGUCAUGUGCAAAGAUACUUCCGGUAUUUGUUUCGCAUGAAGAUGAUCCAUCCAAACGCAUCAAGACUUACAUUAUAUUAGACGAACAAAGCAAUAGGUCUUUGGGUAGAAAAGAACUGUUUGAUUCAUUUGACAUUGUAUGUAAACCAGAGGAGUAUACAUUAAUGAGUUGCUCGGGUCGGACAAGAAUGAAUGGUCGACGUGUAUCAGGAUUGUUACUCGAAUCUUUAGAUGGGUCAACAAAAAUGCAAUUGCCAACAGUCAUAGAAUGUAAGGAGAUACCAAAUAAUCGCGAUGAGAUUCCGACUCCAGACGUAGCUAAUUAUCACGAUCAUCUUCGUAGCAUUUCACAUGAACUUGAACCUUUAGACGAAAAUGCAGAUACUAGUAUUCUUUUAUUGAUAGGACGAGACCUUCUAGAAGCUCAUCAUAUAAUUGAACAACGAAUCGGACCAGCUCAUUCUCCAUAUGCACAAAGAUUAGCUUUGGGUUGGGUUAUAAUCGGAGAUGUUUGUAUUGGAAAUAGACAUGUCACAGACUCUGUCAAGUCUUACAAGACAUACAUACAAGCAGGUGGACGCCCGUCACUCUUAAAACCGUGUCCAAAUGUAAUCAGUGUACGAGAAUUGCUGAAAACUCAAAACAAACUUGAUAAUACUGACUUUGACCUUGAAACAAAACUGGGAGACGGUGUAUUUGAUCGAACUGAGUUCGAUGACACACCUGGAAAGUCUAUAGAAGACAAAAUAUUUCUUGAUAUAAUGGAGAAGGAUUUCCACAAGAAUGAAAAUGGAAAUUGGUGCGCACCUUUACCCUUUAAACCUAAUAGGGAACGAUUACCAAACAAUUUUCCUAUGGCUUUACGUCGUGCUAAAACACUUGAUAGAAGUCUUCAGUCUAAUAAAGAAAAACGUGAACACUUUUUAGAAUUUAUGCACAAUCUUAUACAAAACAAUCAUGCAGAAAUAGCACCAAAACUUGACGAAGGAGCAGAAUCGUGGUACCUACCUGUCUUUGGUAUCUAUCACCCAAAGAAACCUGGAAAGAUCCGUUGUGUUUUUGAUUCCUCUGCCAAAUUUGGAGAUGUGUCACUCAACAAGGUAUUACUACAAGGACCGGAUCUAAAUAAUUCUCUUCUGAGCGUCCUCAUGCGCUUCAGAAAGAAUCGUAUUGCUGCCUCAGCUGACGUUCAGCAGAUGUUCUAUUCAUUUUCUGUUGAUGAGAAGCAUAGAGACUUUCUUCGUUUCCUAUGGCACGAAGACAACGACCUUGAUAAACAGCUAGUAGCCUUUAGAAUGACCGUACACGUAUUCGGAAAUAGCCCCUCGCCAGCGGUUGCAACAUAUGGACUACGAAAGUGCUCAAAUUUGGCUGAACUAGAUGUUAGAGAUUUUAUUCAGAGACACUUUUAUGUUGACGAUGGACUGAUAUCAUUAGAUAGCAGUCAGGACAUGAUAGAUCUGCUAACACGAACUCAGAAAACCUUAUUGGAGGAAGGAAAUAUACGCCUUCAUAAGUUCGCAUCAAAUAGUGAUGAAGUAAUGUCCGCUCUUCCACAUGAAGAUCUUGCGCAAGACUUGAAGAGCAUAGACUUUGAUUCAGAUAGUGUUCCACUACAGAGGAGUUUAGGGUUGUAUUGGGACCUAGCUACAGACUGUUUUACCUAUCGAAUUUCUGAAGAAAGCAAACCUUUUACACGCCGUGGUGUAUUAUCUACACUUAACAGUCUAUUUGACCCGCUGGGCUUUGUUGCUCCAGUCAUAGUUGAAGGUAAAAUUAUACUGCGAGAGCUUAUGGCGCAAUCUGUUGAUUGGGACGAACCCCUGCCGGAACACAGCAAAUUGAAAUGGGAAACUUGGAGAAAUUCGCUUAGUGCACGUCAGAACAUUACAAUUCCACGCAUGUAUGUAAGUUCUUCAUUAAGUAAAACACCUACCUUCGAACUUCAUGUCUUUGCUGACGCAUCUGAAAAGGCUAUUGCAGCGGUAUCAUACUUACAAACAAUCAAACCUGAUGGCAACACUGAAACUGGAUUCAUUUUAGGAAAGGCGAAAGUCGCACCUCACCAUGGACACACUAUACCGAGGUUAGAGCUGUGUGCAGCUGUUUUGGCAGUUGACGUAUCAAAGACAGUUGUUGAGAACUUUGAUGAGACUUUCGAUGUUGUUAAGUUUAACACCGACAGCAAGGUGGUCCUGGGAUAUAUUUAUAACCAGACACGUCGCUUUUAUGUUUAUGUGGAACAUAGAAUCGAACGCAUACGUAAGUCAACGGUCCCAGAACAAUGGAAUUACGUUCCAACAUCAGUCAAUCCUGCAGAUCAAGCUACAAGGUCAGUUUCGUCAGAAGAUAUUGGUUCUAGUUGUUGACUGCAAGGACCAACUAAGUUUCUAAGUGGAGAACUACAAGCUUCUGCAUCUACUGCAACUCUAACGACACUAGUCAAUCCAGAUUUAGAUAAAGAAGUACGACCUAUUGUGACAGUUACAAAGACUACAAUUGAAGACAGCCAUUCUAUUGGAUCUGAACGAUUUCUAAAUUUUUCAUCAUGGAAGUCACUAGUAAAUGGAAUAGCCGUUUUACAACGAUUCAUUCAGUCGAGAAUCAAAAAGGUUACCUUACAAGAUAUCGAUGUAGAUAAGUCGCUCAAUGAGUCAGAAAUAUUUAUAAUUAAGACAAUACAAAGUGAAGCUUAUAGUUCAGAAAUAGACUGCAUAGUAAAUGGACAAAAUCUUAGGAAAAACAGUAGUAUUAUAUCUUUAGAUCCAUUUCUGGAUAGUGAAAGCAUUUUGCGUGUUGGUGGAAGACUCAAUAAAUCAAAUCUGCCAUACCAAGAAAGAAAUCCACUCAUUCUUCCAGGAAAAUGUCAUGUGUCAAAAUUACUAGUGCAACAUUUUCAUGCCCAAGUCAAGCACCAAGGACGACAUUUUACAGAAGGUGCCAUUCGUGCAGAGGGUUACUGGAUUACAGGCUCGAAACGUCUCGUAUCAUCUGUUAUACACCAUUGCGUCCCGUGUCGUAGACUCAGAGGUUGUUUGGAGGUUCAAAAGAUGGCUGACCUCCCUACAGACAGAAUUGAACCCACUCCGCCAUUUACUAAUGUGGGGGUCGAUGCAUUUGGUCCUUGGUCUGUUAUUCAUCGCAGGACUCGUGGUGGCUGUUCAAAUUCUAAAAGGUGGGCUAUACUUUUUACAUGUCUUCCGACACGUGCAAUACAUAUAGAAAUAGUUGAAGAGAUGUCUUCGAGUGCUUUCAUCAACGCCUUACGCAGAUUCAUUGCAAUCAGAGGAAAAGUGAGUGUUUUUAGAUCAGAUCGCGGUACCAAUUUUAUAGGUGCAGUGGAUCCUUUACACAUCGAGGCAAUUAACGUUGAAGAUGACAAAGUUAAAACAUUUAUGCAUGAAACGAGGACGAUUUGGAUUUUCAACCCUCCCCACUCCUCGCACAUGGGAGGAGCGUGGGAACGAUUAAUAGGCGUAACAAGAAGGAUUUUGGACUCAAUUCUUACAGAUUCAAACACAAAAUUUCUAACUCAUGAUGUUUUAGUUACCUUCAUGGCUGAAGUAGCGAGUAUAGUGAAUCAUAGACCGAUAGUUCCGGUUUCUUCUGACACUGAUAAUCCGUUUAUACUUUCACCGGCAGUUCUUCUUACUCAAAAGACAAAAUCUACAAUCGAAACCGAUUACAUUGGAGAAUUUGACACAAAGGAUCUUCUUCGUGCCGAAUGGAAGCGUGUUAUGGUUCUUUCUGACAUGUUUUGGUCAAGGUGGCGCAAAGAGUAUCUGAACAAUCUUCAGUCAAGGAGAAAAUGGCAAAAAGAUGUUCCAAACAUAAAGGAAGGAGAUGUCGUUUUAUUGAGAGACAAAACUCUAAUUCGUAAUGUAUGGCCUCUUGGACUAGUAAUUCGUGCAUUCGCGAGUGAUGAUGGAAAAGUGAGAAAAACAGAACUACGUGUGAUUAGAGAUGGCAAACCAACAGUUUAUGUGCGACCAAUUACAGAACUUGUUCUUCUUGUCUCUGAUCGAGAACAAUGUGUUGAACUUUAAACAUAAAUUGUAUUUGUUCAAAGAUUUAUUUAGUUAUAGUGAUAUCCAGAAGACUGAUAUCAGACGGGGAGUGUAAAGUAACAUUAUUAGAACUAUUCAGUAUACAAUGCUUAUCAUAAAAUCUGGUGUUAUUGUGUAAACAUUCUUCACCAGUUUAUUAAUUAGAUCGAAUUUUGUUGAUUUAAUAUUUUGUGUAUUACUAUGUUUCAAUUUUAUGUCACUGAAAGCUUAUCGUAGGUUUAAUCAGAGUUAUCGAACUUUUACAUCAAUCCAUGUGAUGACAAACUAUCUCGGACAAUUUAUCUAGGAAUUUCCAUAAGCUUUGGCUGACCACAAUGUAAGAACCUUUUUAUUUACUAUAAUAUGAGUUUAUGAUACUGUUCAAGUAAUUUUUGAUACAAGUUUAAUGAUUAUUUUCUUGCAUUUUGCAAUUUUUAUGUCGUUGUAUGGUAUGUCGGUUUGACAAUCAAAAUACAUUGUUUUGUAAACAAUACUUACCUGGUAUGAUACUUACGUGGUUAAUACUUACCUUUUUCCCUUUUUGUAAUUCCCUAGACCUGAGAUUCCCAUUUUUUCGGGUUUUCAGUUGUUUAUUCUAUACCCCCUUUUUUCGUGUGAAAAAUGUAUGGAACGCAUUUCCUGUCAUAAUUGUAAUUUAUAAUUUUUUGGUAGUUUCAUAUAACAACUUGAUAUGGCUGUUAUGAUCAUGUUUUUGUAUUGUAUUUUGUAUUAACAUUUUUUAUAAGUAGUUUUUACUUUCUUUGUAGCUCUUCACCACUCUAUCUUGUUCAGUCUACAUUGAUGAAUAAAAUGGUUUAAACUGUCUGCAUUAGUUACAUUACUUAGUGGCAGAACAACAGUUGUGUUAGAAUUUGUAAAGGAAAGGCUGUCUGUGUAUGAAGAAGAGAAGAGAGAUUUGAAGAGGUUUACAACACCAGAUUUUUCACCUU